AAUCAAAAUGCUUCAUUCAUAUUUCACGUGGUCUCAUGUCAAGAUAGAAGCGAUGGAUGGUUGAUAAAAUGAUAUGGCAAAUUUGUUCGACAGACUAAAAGAAACAUUUACAUUGCAAGUUUCCGAUAAGUGUAAAGAUACAUCUUAUGAAUUAAAGAAGGAAAAAACUGCCAAGGCCGAUGUCACGCAAGAAAACGACGAAACCCCGGAGGCCAGACAGGGCUUGGUUUCCGCGUACACCGUCAACAAACAAGAUGGCGGGAAGCCUGCAGAGGUGAAAGCGAGCUCAUCGGAAAACAUGGACAACGCAGCAAAGAUCAAGACUGAUUCACAAUUUGUCAUUCCAAAGCGAAAAAGAGAUGAUAGUGAUGUAUUGGUUGAUUUGAUGAUUAAUUCGCGGGAGUUCCAGUAUGAGAUUUUGCCAGCGAUAUUGAAGAGUUACAGAACUCCCCAUUCAGCUGAAAAAUUCAAAUAUACCAAAGUACAAAGCGUGCACAACAGAGAUCUACUCAAACUGUAUCUAGAAAAACGGAAAGAGCUUAGGAACAGUGGCUAUUCGGACAAAGAGGCAGGGGACUGUGUUGCGUUCCUGUGUGUAGACGACGAGGAACUUCUGUACAAAAUCUGUCGAGAUGGUGUUCCGAUCGGAAACUAUCCCAGGUCGUGCCUGGGCCAUCCAAUGAUGGGUGUUCAGUUAUGUAAACAUGCAGACAUCAUCAAACCCAUUCCUCUACAACCAAAUGAAACUGGAUAUCUUAUUCUAUUCAAAAUCAUCAAGGGCAGAAUUAAGUCUGUAGCAGAAUCGAUGAGUGAAAACCCCCUGGAGCCUACUCCACAUUUUGAUUGUCACGUGACUAGCAACACAUUGGAUAAUGCAGCACCUCACCUGAGCUUAUUCGAGACAAGUCAGGUGUACAUGUACGAGUACGGGGAAGAGGGAGUGUUGCAGUAUCCCAGAAAUGUUUGUCCAGUAGCUGUGAUCAGUUUUGUGUAUGAAAAAGACCUGAGGGACUCCAAAGCAUGCAGUCCCAGAGUUCAUCAGUCACUGCAUCGAGGAGGGUCACUUAUGGGGGGACCAACACGGGAAGGGGACCAGGAGUUUGUGGUGUGGUCCGGUAGUUUGACCAUAAAGGGACUUUAUGCCUGCAAUGUGGAAAUGACAUCAUCAGCGGCUUUUGUGAAACCAGCAGUUUUAGGAAGCCAAAUCAACAUAAGCUCUAAACUUAGUGUGAAACAGGUUCAGCAGAAGUAUCUGAAAAACGUGUGUGGGAUUCGACGAAGCAGCGAGGGGUACUGGAACGGUUACUAUGUCAACGCUUGUGAGCUCCGCCCAGUGACCACUGAAGGACGAUUACACUUUAAGAGAGUGAUGAAUUACCUGGGAAAGCACAAUGCUGUUGCUGUCCAAAAGUUGAAGAAAGACGUAACUUUGUUGAUUAUUACACAGAGUGAAUUAACGUAUCAGCUAGGAUUGAGCCGUCCACACCAGUAUCCUGUGCUGUUGUACUGUCUAUUCCUCUCCCGAACCUCUGCUAGAAAAAGGUUGUCGAACACAACAGGAUUUUGCAAGGAAACACAGAAAUCAAAAUUCAGCCCUGCCAAACAGCAACAGCCAACCAUGUCUCCUCUUCCUAGCCCUGCCAAACAGCCACAGCCAACCAUGUCUCCUUCUCUUCCUAGCCCUGCUAAACAGCCACAGCCAACCAUGUCUCCUUCUCUUCCUGGCUCAGAUGAUCCCUUAAGGACACCUCAGUCUUUUUCGACUCCAUUCCUUCCCCCAUCCAGUCCUCAUCAUUCCAUUCCACCAUCCCCAAAGCGAGAUUAUCAGAUAUCUCCCAGCUCUAAUAUAGUGUCGUGGCCUCAGAACGUUCAGUUUGGUAGUCCCAGAAAUCUGCCUGUCCCACAUUCCACUCCACCCCAGUCUCCUGCUGCUCACGGUGGAGCCCCAGUUCCCCACACUCCUCCGUAUAGGAUGCCUCAGUCUCCCCAAAUGACUCACUCUGGACAUUCACCGUUUCAUGGUCUAGAGUUUGGAACAUCACCUCAAAGAAGGUUAAGUAGAGAUGGACAGCAUGGCUUUCCUUAUCCCCCAGAGUCCAAAUCUGGAACGUCUUUCAAUCCUCCAAACACAUUCCCAGUUGGUCCCAAUUUUGAUCCACAGUAUCAACCUAGACCAAGCUUUUCUCCUCGGUCUCCAUAUCAACAUCCGUCUUACACAGGGGAUCCAAGAUUCCAGAAUCCUGUGCCCCACUUUGGAAACAAUAGUGGAUAUGGUGGACACAGAUUUCCAGAUCCAAAUUGGAAUUCCAUGCAAAGUCCUGCAUUUCCAGAAAGAUUUGAUCCCAAUAGAAGUCCUAGAAUGCCAGGAUCUGCAUUUGAAAACAGUGGUCCCUCUGAUCAUAAGUUUAAUACGCUACCUCAUUUCAAGAUGCAGAAUAUAUCUAAUGAUGCUUUUAAUUCUCCAACCAAACCUUCUUGGUCACAGGGAAGUCCAUAUCGGGGUUCACCUUCUGGUAGAGCUAAUUUUAAUCUCAAUGUGCAAACCACAUUACACCGAAGUGACCCAAGACUGAGCAAAAAUGUUUCACCCAAAGUGAAUCCUGUGGCUCCGAUGCCAAGAGGGAGCACAACUGAUACCCAUGGAAGUCCCAGUCAAGGAAUGGUUAGUCCUGUAGCUGUGGAGUUUUCCAGCUCAAAAAUGUCUCCCGUGUCUCUUCCAUCCCCACAGCAAGUGCCAGUUGUGUCUCUCCCUGGAACACCUCCACAACACCAGGUGCACCCCGUCCUCCCAUCACAAGCAGUCUCCCUCCCCGAGCCCCCUAAACUAUCCAGAGUCGACACUGCCUCUAUAGUCUAUGACAGUGGGUUUUUCUUCAAGCCACCAUCUUCAAGUCUUAUGCAAUAUGACAAAGUGAAGAAGGUCUUUGAAGAGCAGAAUGUAGUUUUGGAAAUCCAGCAGCGAGCGAAAGAGGCCAUCAAACGACAUCUGCUGGCCAGAAGUCGCAGUGAAAGUAAGAAAACACAAAGUUCGGAGGCAGAAAAACAUGGGAAUAAACAGAGUGGAAAAGAAUCGGAGAAAGAGGUUGUUGAGUCUGCAGAAGACAUGAAACAGUUGUUGGAAAGUAACUUGGAAUCAAAAUUUUCUGCAAAGAAAAAGUUUGAAACAAUUAGAAAGAAAAAUCGAGUAAAACAUGAGUUAAAAGAGAAACACAGAAUGAAAGAGAAGGAAAAACAUUUUGGAGAAAGGCAUAGAGUGAAAGGAAAACACCAUGACAGUAUGCAGAAAGAUGGUGCGAUCAAGCAGAAAGAUGGUGUGAUCAAGCAGAAAGAUGAUGCGAUCAAGCAGAAAGAUGAUGCAACUAAACUGAAAGAUGGUGCUACCAAGCAGAAAGAUGAUGCGAUCAAGCAGAAAGAUGGUGUGACAGAAUCUUUACUGAAGCUCAAAAUCCCCAUACCAGAGGCAUUUAAACUGGACAGCUUAGAAGACAUUGCACGCAUGAGAAAAAUCACGGAGGAAGAAAUCAAGAAGGAAAGUGAAAGACAACAUAUGGAUGAUCUUGAGUUAGAGGAAGAUGUGGUUGAAGAGGUUACCAAAAAGAGCAAGAAAAGACCUAAAGAAAGGGAUAGUGUGGAUGAAGAGAGUGACCUAACAGAUUCGGAUGAAGCCCUGUCAAAAAAAGCAAAAAUUGACACUGCUAGUGACAUGAAAGAUUUCUUGAAUUUCUCAUUAGAGGAGAACAAUUCGUCUUCAGAAUUAACACCUCUAAGGACUGAGUUGAUACCAAAAAGGAAACUGGAAAAGAAGAGAAGAAGUGAAGGAAAGUUGGAAGGCGAUAAGCAAUCCCAAACUGAAUUUUAUAACAUUUGUGAUGAAAUACAUGUAGGUGGUGUUGUUGGGGAGAUUCCAAAAGCUGAUAAUGUAGGGGAUGGUGAAAGAUCUACUAAAACAGUGAAAACACACAGAUCUUCAUUGAAUGCCGAGUGUGAUAGUGAUAAAAGAAACUCUGGAUUAAAAGUGGGUGGAAGUGGAAUGGAUAAAAAGCUGUCUGAUAAAGCAAAAGGAUCUCAGUUCCGGAAAAAUACUCCAACUACUGAUGCCGUACCCAAGGACAAAAAAUCUAUUAUUUCAGAGUCUGAAAAAAUGGAGACAGAGAUCUCGGAUCAGUCAGGAAGAUGGGAUAAUCCGAUGAAAAAGAAGAAGAGGCAGGACAGCGAAUCUGAUGGUGAAAGAAAAAUUGAAAACCAGAAAGGCAAGAUAAUUAUAAUAAAGGAGAUCAGGAUGAUUCGAGUGAAUUCCGAUGGGAGUGAAAUCAAGUCACCUGAUAAGGAAGUAGAUAGCAGAGGGCUGCUGUUGGAGAGUCCUGUGAGUCCGGUGCAAGUUCCGCUGGAGGAGAUACCCGAGACGGUGGAAAUUAAAUUGGAGGAUCAGGAAGAAAAAGUAAAGGAGGAGUUCCACAAGAAUGAGAAAGGAAGUAGCAAAAGAAAAGAAAAAGACGUUAGAAAAGCAGAUGUGUAUUCCAAAAGAAAGGAGAGGGAUGAAAGAAGAGAUGACGAUGUAAAGAAAAAAACAAAGGAUGAGUGUAAAGAAAAAACUAAAAGGAAAGAUGAAGGCAAAGUGAAAGAGAGAACAUCAGAAUCGAAAGGGAAAGGAAAGUCGGUGGAUUGUAGAAAACACUUGGUUUAUUACAGUGAUACGGAGAGUGAAAGUUCACGCAGUCAGUCUUCAUCACGUAGAAGUAGGCGAUCAGAAACUCCAAAGUCGGAUGAUGACCUGGACUCGGUACCACGAUACACAAAGAUUUAUCCAGACUUCAAACCAGGCAGAAAUCCAUCGCUGUUGCCAAAAGCAGCCACCAGCAGCAGUCAGAGCCGUUUAGAGCGGGAACGCAAACCCGGGGACCAGAGAAGAGGCCUUCAUCACAAAGCCAAGCAUCGGCAUGACAGCAAAACAUUUUCUUACAAGAGUGGAAAAGCUGGUGUAAGCAAACUGACUGGUGUUCAAGUCAAGACCAAAGUCAAAUCUCUUGUUCAAAGUAGAAAGGAGUUUAAGGCUCAGCAAGCUAUCAUAGAAGGCAUCAUAACAAGCUCUAAUAUUCCGCUGAAGAAAAUUCCAAAGAUUCAGAAGCAGACGACCAAUUCUACCUCCGCCCCUCGACAUAAAUCAUCGUCAUUGCAUUCAUCAGGAGAUUCAAAGGAAGGGUUUCCUGAACAACUGAGAAAACCCAGUCCUCAGAGAGAAUCAAACAUAGGGUUUCCCGAACAACCAAGAAAACCCAGUCCUCAGAGAGAAUCAAACAUAGGGUUUCCUGAACAACCGAGAAAACCCAGUCCUCAGAGAGAAUUUAACGAAGGGCUUCCUGUAAGAUUACAACUGAGUAAACCCAGUCCUCAGAGAGAAUCAAACGUAGGGUUUCCUGAACAACUGAGAAAACCCAGUCCUCAGAGAGAAUCAAAUGUAGGGUUUCCUGAACAACCGAGAAAACCCAGUCCUCAGAGAGAAUUUAACGAAGGGCUUCCUGUAAGAUUACAACUGAGUAAACCCAGUCCUCAGAGAGAGUCAAACGUAGGGUUUCCUGAACAACUGAGAAAACCCAGUCCUCAGAGAGAAUCAAAUGUAGGGUUUCCUGAACAACCGAGAAAACCCAGUCCUCAGAGAGAAUUUAACGAAGGGCUUCCUGUAAGAUUAGAACUGAGUAAACCCAGUUCUCAGAGAGAAAGAGGGAGGGAAGAAAGCAGGCACACACAGACCAUUAAACAUUGUACUGAAUCUCGGGUGCAUCCACUGGAUAUUGAUGGUGAGGAGCUCGUUGAAUGUGCAGACCCUCGUAAUGUAAAGCUGGACAAACCAAGUUAUUUGCAGGUGUGUGAAUCAACUCCGAUUAAAGAUGCACAGAAUCAACAGGAUAAAAGUGAUGAUCAUUCAAAAGUACAGCCAGAUGUCCCCAAAAAGGCCUCGUCAAAAGCACAACCAGAUAUUCCCAAGGUGACCUCGUCAAAAGCACAGCCAGAUGUCCCCAAAAAGGCCUCUUCAAAAGCACAUCCAGAUAUCGUCAAGGAGGCCUCGUCAAAAGCACUACCAGAUGUCCCCAAGGUGGCCUCGGCAAAAGCACAACCAGAUGUCCCCAAGGAGGCCUGGUCAAAAACACAGCCAGAUGUCCCCAAGGAGGCCUGGUCUAAAACACAGCCAGAUGUCCCCAAGGAGGCCUGGUCAAAAACACAGCCAGAUGUCCCUAAGGAGGCCUGGUCUAAAACACAGCCAGAUAUCCCUAAGGAGGCCGCGUCAAAAGCACAGCCAGAUAUCCCUAGGGAGGCCUUGUCAGAGGCACAGCCAGAUAUCCCCAAGGAGGCCCUGUCAAAAGCACAACCAGAUAUCCCUAAGGAAGCCUUGUCAAAAGCACAACUAGAUGUCCAUAAGGAGGCCAUGUCAAAAGCACAGCCAGAUAUCCAUAGGGAGGCCUUGUCGAAAGCACAGCCAGAUAUCCCUAAGGAGGCCCUGUCAAAAACACAACUAGAUGUACCCCAAAAGGCCUCGUCAAAAGCACAACCAGAUGUCCAUAAGGAGGCCACGUCAAAAGCACAGCCAGAUAUCCAUAGGGAGGCCUUGUCGAAAGCACAGCCAGAUAUCUCUAAGGAGGCCCUGUCAAAAGCACAACUAGAUGUACCCCAAAAGGCCUCAUCAAAAGCACAACCAGAUAUCCCUAAGGAGGCCUCAUCAUUUGGAGGAAAGGUGACAGUUCUCUCUGAAAUCCCAGUAGAGAAUAUACUGGUAGCUGGUAGUGAAUCUGACUUGUCAAAUUUUGUCAUGGCUACUGAUGAUAAAACGGUAGCAGCCAGUAGAAGUAGCAGCUCAGAAAGAUCCACAGAGACUGUUAAUGAAGUACUGAUGAGUUCAGUAAAGAGAGAAAAAGAAACAACGUUGGAAUCUCAGAAGCAUAUCACUGAAGAACAACCUCCACCAAUAGGAAAGAAAAAUCUCCCUAAUGCUGUUAUUAAAACACCGAGUAUGUCUUCCAAGACGUCAACCGUUAAAAAAUUGUCCACUAAGAUCAAUGAUGACUUAUACAGUGUUAUAAGCAGUUUUAUUUCAAAACAGAAAGGAAAUGCAUGUGGCAGAUUAGAUAAAAAGUAUCCAAAUUAUGUAAAAGAGAAACAGAAAAUUUCAGUUUAUAAUGCAUUGCAACGAAUAACACAGAAAGAUGCGAUAAAUGAUGAAGAAAAUGCAAGUAAUCGUGAUCAAAAUACGGCCAUAAUGGAUGAUUUUGUCGAUCUCGAGAAUGGUAGAGAUUUACGUCAGGUGGAAGAAACUCUGACGUCAAGAACGGUAGAAAAUGACAUCUCACAUAAAACAGAUUUCUCAUUAACAACUGUUGAAAAUGACAUUUCAUGUAAAACAGAUUUUUCAUUAACAACUGUUGAAAAUGGCAUUUCACGUAAAACAGAUUUUUCAUCAACAGCUGUUGAAAAUGACAUUUCACAUAAAACAGAUUUUUCAUCAACAGCUGUUGAAAAUGACAUUUCACGUAAAACAGAUUUUUCAUCAACAGCUGUUGAAAAUGACAUUUCACGUAAAACAGAUUUUUCAUCAACGGCUGUUGAAAAUGAUAUUUUAAGUGAAACAGAUUCUUCAAUGGAAACUCAUUCUCUUCAAGUGGAGAAAUCUGCAAGUGCACAAGCAUCUGAUAGUACAGACUAUAUGGAGGAUGAGAAUUCCUUCAGUGCAGUAUCACCAAACGCUCCCUGUACAAAACUGAGAGAGGAAGACUCCCAUACAAAGGAAAAGGAGAAAAUCGAGGAGCUUAAAUCACCACAAUUGGCCAUGUUAAGAAGGUGCCAUAACAAAUUCUGUGACACUUUUCUUCUCGGAAAAUCUACUGGUCAGUGGAAUGAUGAGCUCCGGACUGGAAUCGAGGAUGAAUUUGAACCGGAUUCAGACAGAGUGGUUCAGGCUCUAACUAACAAACUGGAUCUGAAGAUAACUGUAGCCAAUGAUAUGUCUGUAUUCGCCAAGUUCAGCUGGAUUUCCAAAGAACAACUCAUCAGAGAUUGCAUUCACGGAAAAACUAGGGAUCCAAUGAGUUCAUCGGAUGUGUCCUUGGUGGUAUCUGUAAACAAUGUGAUUCACAAGAUUUCUCCGCAGAAAGUGCACCAGAGAACCGUAUCAGUUGACGAGGAGUCAGAAGACAGCGGCUCAGUAGAUCAUCAGAUGGAGAACGGUGAAGAUUUGUCUCCUGACGAGUACAUGUAUAGCCUGGAAGAGGAACCGUUUCCGUUGGAAAAGUCCCCAAAUAUAUCAAACCUCGAAGGGGAGGCGGACAGUUCUCCUUUGAAACAAAUGCAGAAUGUGAAAGAUUCAGAAAAUUUGAAGUCAGUUCUUCCAGAAGUAGAAAGACUUGUGAAUUUGGUGAAAGUUCAGCUUGAAGACAGUAAUGAUGAAACUUCUGUUAGCUCACUGUCGUCUUCUCAAAAUUCAUUUAAAUCUUUGUCGGCAUCUCAAAACUCGCACGAUAUGUUUGAAAAGGCUCUCUCUGCACAGCUGAACUCCAUCUCUCAAGGGCUGGACUUGCUUAUCCAGAGUAACAGUAAUCCGCUGAGUUUCAUCACUCCCGACGAAGGAAAAGAAUUAAAUAACAUCAUAGAUAUCACAAUGAAGAGUCUCCAAGCAACAAUGCACGACCAAAAUACAGAUUCUGGGAAUAAAGAAAAUUCCGAGAGCGAAGCAGCUGAAGAAAAUUUGGGAAAUCAGGAAGGGCAAGUCCCAGUGAAGCUGAUGCCUGAUUUUGAUUCUGUCAUGAAAACUGAAUUCACUGCAUCCCAAGAUCAACCUGCAGAAGAGCCAUCAUAUAAUGGAGAUUCUGCUGCUUCAAAAACUGUAGCAGGUUGUGAAACUGAUGCAAUUGCAUUCUGGUCCAACAUUUUAGGUUUUUGUACACAAGAAGUAAAAACUCUUCCUUUAUUUAUAAACAGCCCCAAGGAAAAAGACGAACGGAGUAAAAUUUCUCCAAAUAAUGAAUUCCAUGAAAACGGCAGUAUAAUGGUAGAUAAUCUUGAUGAAAAUGAAGUGAACCGACGCUUGGAAACAGAAAGUUGUGAAUUGGACAAUGAAGAUUACGACAGUGAACAGAUCCUGAAAAUGUCUGCUUCAGAACAAGAUGGAGUGGACGGUGAGGAACCAGCUGCAUCUGUAACUGCACAGGAAAAUGCCAUGGAAACUGGUCAAGAUCGUAAAGUUUUUAUUUCACCUAUCAGAUUUCCAAAACCAGCUGGUUUUCUCUUUGGUCAGAUUGAAAAGGAAAAUAAAGAAAACGAAAGUGGGUUGGCAGGAAGCGUUAAAGAUAUUCUAGAUGAUGACAAUACCAAGGUUUCAUCUGUCGCAGAGAAGAGAACCAAGAUCAAACGAGUGGGAGAUGCUACAACUGAAGGUCCCGAAAUAAAGGUUGAACCUACUAGUGAAGAAUGCAAUAGAGAAUUCAAAAUUGUAAAGCAGUUGACUAGAAAUGUUGAAAAAGAAAAGACGCAACCUUUAAAUCUUGCUGGGACAAAUACUGAAAGCUAUGUGAAGGGGGAGAUGUCGCCCCCUCGUGCCUCCAAGCCAACAAAAAUUGUAUCACAGCAGGAAAAAACCCUGACUGUCUUACUGCCUGAAACCAAGCAAAAGGUCACUUCACAGAGACUUUCCCCAACAUUAUCGGCCAUGACAGAUAAAAAAGGAAGUGGAAAUUCUCCACUCAUGAAUAAUGAAAUGGAGAAGGAAGGAAAUAUUAAAACAGGGACUAUUCAGCCAAGUACAACUAAAAGCAGGCAAGAAAAUGUGUUUUCAAGACUCUCUCCACUGGUAAUGGAAGAUGUGAAGGUAGAAAGAGAGGUUUCUCCUGUUGAUGAUGAUGUCAGAAUCAUUCAACUCAGCGACCCGAUCAGGGAUACCAGGAUUGGUGAAUCUGUUACUGCGGAGAUGCCUGCGGGCAGUGGAGAGAAACAAACGAAAUAUGAUGAUGUGGUCAUCAUAAUCAACAAUGAGAGGCCAAAGUCAAAUCAGUCAAAGGCAAAGUCACCAAAAGUACAAGUAUACAGACCACCUCCAUCAUCUGCAAAUGCUGAACCCCUCUCACAGGUUGGUCCAAUAAGAAACAAACAGAAGACCAAAAGGGAGGAGCGGCAGUUCCACCCAUACAGGAAAGAAAAGAAAGCCAAAAGCAAUUCUUGGUCCUUUGACAUCAACUACAAUUCUCUAAGAGAUUUAAUGCAUGAUUUGACUGUCUGCUCAUACAAAAGUCAGCAGCACAAGAAAAAGCACUGUAGGACAAACUCGAGAUUUGCCAACUACACUUUCACCAGAUCAAAAGUUCCUGACUCUUUGCCUGGGGGGAUUAGCAAUGCAGAUGAGGAGGAGAUUGACGAGGAAUUCAAUGAGAAUGCUAUCCCGGACUUUGAGGAGAGGAAAAAGAAGGCUGAUAUGGUGGACGAACUGACUUUGGCGGAGCAAGAAGACGAAGAUUAUGCAACAGAGAGAGACGUGUAUGUUAUGGAGGAACCGGAACAACCUAAGGAAACGGACAGUGUAAAGACAGAAGAACCUGCUAAGAAUGUGAUCCCGAGAAUGUUGGCUGCACUUCCUGUUAGAACCACGACCUUGUCGUCUCACAUCCUUGGUCACAAGUUCAGUCAUGAAAAAACGGAGAUCAAGACUGAGCCAGAAUCCAAAGAAGAAAAAUCCUCAGAUACUCCGGCCAGUGCUUUCAAGGUGGAGGGGUCUACGGGAAUCAAGAAGGAAGAACAGAUGGAAAGGGCCUCCAUAGGGGAGAGCAGUGUGGUUGAUGAAGACGAGAAGAUGGAAGUUGAUGAACCAAUCAGAAUGGAGAAUACAGAACAAGUCAGUAACAAUGAUGGACUGUCUGUUGUACCAGUGAAUUCUGCAAUGCCAAAGACUGAAACAGACGCAAUCAAGACAGAGAGUAGUGAACCCGAAAAAAUGAGAGUGGAGUUUCUGAAUUCAUCUACAGAUAGCCAGAAUGGCGAUGGAGAAACCGAGAUGGAGGGAUUUAGUGAUUGGAUUGUGAUUGAUGAAGCUCCAGAGGAAUUCAGUGUCGCCUCUAGUUGUCACGACAACAUAGACUUUGAAUCUGCAGACAGUACACAGGGUAGUGGUAGCAGUUCAAGACGUGGUUCUAAUGUUCAGCUAGAGUCAAUUGUUGUCUGUGAUGACAAUUCAAAUCGGGAAUUCAAUCCAACCCCUAGUGUUAAUGAUAUCGCUGAGGUUGAAAAAGAUAAAGAUGUUUAUCAGUGGGAAUCGGAUAACUGUAAAGACAUCACAGAUGAUGUUGAAGAAGAUGUUCUCUCCGAUUCGGACGUGUUGUUUGAUAAAUCCUGUAAAAAUCAAAGUGUGAGUACCAUCUUGGACAGAACUUCACUGGCAGUUCAGGACACGAGUCUUUCAGAAGAGGACGGUACGUCUGAUCCUCGGGAGGGGACUACUGGUCAGUUUAUACCCGUUGUUCAUUUGAUGGGUGUGAAGGGAAACACAUUCUGGCAUGAAAAUGAAAGUAGCAAAAGCAAUGAUAAAGUUUCUAAAAAGGAUAUGUAUACUGACAUUGAGGAAAAUGAAAAUAGUGUAUGUGAAAGUAGAAAAACCGCUGAUACAGGGAGUCAUUCCUGUAGAGAGGAAUUCAGAAAAUCAGACGACUCAGAAAAAAGUCAGGAAGAAACAAAGAUUUGUCAAGAAAAUCAUCUACCUGAUACGGAGAAUGAGAACAGUGUUGGUGGUGCUGAGGAUCAUGAUGGUUAUGGAAGUAGUCUUUCUGAAACUAAAGGAUCACUUCAAAUGUCAGAAGAGGAGGAAGAAAAUGAGGAAAAAGAAGAAACUUCCUCUGUAGAUGAGGAAAAAGAAGAAACUUCCUCUGUAGAUGAGGAAAAAGAGGUAUCAGCAUCAUCACCUUCACCUGUAAUGCCCACUGGUGGACAGAGCAAUAGUGUCGGUGAUGGAAUGCCCAUUUCUGUCUAUGAUGCACACAGUGCUGAUGAUUUAGAAAAGAAACCUCAUUUGGGUUCCAGUGUGGAAGUAACAACGGAUCUUGUAAAUGAUACAGGCGACUAUCAAGAUGAUUCACAUCCUUGUUAUGAUGGAAAUAUUGCAGAUAAUGAAGAAAAAAGGUACCUUACUGAUGAUCCUGAUUCAGAGAUCAUGUCAGUCGAAACCAGCGGAAGCUUGAGUGAAAUGAGAGAUCCGGAUUUUAGUCUGGAUGGACUGGUAAUGAGAGAUCCGGAUUCUAGUCUGGAUGGACCGGUAUCCGAGGAUCAGGAUUCGAGUCUGUCAGAAGGGGAGGGUACCUCGAGACUUCCAGAGCGAACUAUUGAGUGCAUCAAAGGGGAGGGUACCUUGAGACUUCCAGAGAAAACUAUUGAGUUCAUCAAAGGGGAAGGUACCUCGGGACUUUCAGAGCGAAUGAUUGAGUUCAUCAAAGGGGAGGGUACCUCGGGACUUCCAGAGGGAACUAUUGAGUUCAUCAAAGGAGAGGGUACCUCGAGACUUCCAGAGAGAACGAUUGAAUUCAUCAAAGGGGAGGGUACCUUGGGAAUUCAAGAGGGAACGAUUGAGUUCAUCAAAGGGGAAGGUACCUCGAGACUUACAGAGCGAACUAUUGAGUUCAUACCUGCCAAUCACUCGACAGGUGUAGAAGGAAGUACCUUCUGUGUGGAUGGUAAAACCAUUGAAAAACUUGAUGAAAUGGAAGAUUUAAUCAAAAUAGGGGAAGAUAAAAAUGGAGAUGGACUGAUUACUGAAAUAGAGAGUGCUCUAUGUGCAGAAAAAUGCAGAGAUGACUCGCUUAACAGUAUUCACGAAAUGCAAAACUUCCCUGAUGACAUACAUUAUGAGAAUAGAGAGACCGAACGUUCAGACAAAUGUAAAGAAAUAGCUCUAGGUGAAGAUGAUACUAAAGAAGCUUCUUCGCAACUGAGAGCAGUUGCUGGAAGUCAUCAAAAUCCUGCAUACCAAAUUGAGAACUCUGAUUCAAACCCAGCUGCCGAGACUGGGGUGAAUGAUUUAUUGAGUACCUGUAUCUCUAUCUCGAACGAAGCAGACGCUGAUGUCACUGAACAUGUUAUGAACAGUUCGAACGAUGUAAAAGUAGAUUUAGUCUCGGUGAGCACCACAGAAAACGGGGAAGGUCUGAGUUUAUUAAUUGGAGCUUAUGAAAACAGUGAAGGUGAAAGUUUUAAUUCAUCGACAGAUUUUCCUCCGGAACAAAACAUCUCGCAUGACAAUGCCAGACAGUUUGGUGACUAUCAUACUGUAGUGGGUAAUGAUGAUGGUAAGGAAACAGUGAAGUUGAUUAAUCCCCAGGAGAACAGUUUUAGAGGUGAUGUACAGCUUUCUGCUAUAAAUCAAAGUGAUCUAAACCAUUCACCUAUCAGUGAAAUGAACACCGAAGCCAUUGACAGAGAGAAGGAGCAUGCGGAUCACAAGUCCGAUGCAGUAUUCGCAGAUGAUAAGAGAAAGGUGGUAUACGACGUAGAAAACCCAAGAGACGCGGAUGGUGAUGGUUCAUUUGACACGGAACAGAGAUUAGAAGAUAUUAUGUCUGUGAUUGGUGAAUCUGACAUACUGGAGACCUAUUCAGGGGUAAGGGUGGAAAAGUUGGGUCAGAUGAUGUCCAAAAUCCCAGACGAGUGUGAUUUAUGUGAUGACCAGCUAUGUUUGGCCAAAGUGAAGUGUUUAACAGAUGCACUGGACCCACUGGAGGAGGCCAUGUUGUCCUCUGGUAUUUUGGAUGUUAAUGACAUUCCUAUGGGAAAUGUGAUUGAAAUAUGCACAGAUGAGAACUGUUUGAAAUCCACUGAUAUAAUGCAGAUGGACAGUGGCAAGAUGUCUUGUGAGAAGGAAGAAACUAAGGAUUGUCUCUCACUGAAACUCCCAGAAACUGAAGGCACUGGAAAGUAUCAAAGGAAAUGUCUAGAUGUUACAGAAACAAGAGCAUGUAAACCUACCACAAACAUCUCAGAAUGUAAAGCUUUUACAGUUAGUCCUGAAGUCGUGAAUCUGACGUCAUGUAAAGACUCUCAUAGAUGUUUAACAUUUAAUCCUGAAGUCGUGAAUCUGACGUCAUGUAAAGACUCUCAUAGAUGUUUAACAUUUAAUCCUGAAGUCGAGCAUGUGCUGGAUUACGGAGUUUCUUCUGGUGAUGAUGCAGAUGAUGAUGCAGAUGAUUCCUCUUCUACAGAAACUGACUACAUUUCUGAUUCUUUGGACAGUGACAAUGAAACUUCAACCAGAGGAGACGACAUGACUAAGUUAGUUGUGUCCGAAUAUCUACAAUCAAAUCGAAUAAGUUAUGUUGUUGACUCACAGAGCAGAAUUCAGCACACAAUAGAAGAGGUGGAGGAUGGGUCUCUUCAUAGUAGCCAUUCGGAAAAUAAUAAAGAAACAAUUUUGCGUGGAAUGUUGGAGAAUGCUAAUGAUAUACAAUAUAAUGAUAUACAAUAUACACCUCAGACAAUUGAAAAUCUUGAGAACAAUCGAAAGACUGUGACAAGAUCUUUAAAAGAAAAAAACCAGAGUGUUGUGAAACCGCUGGUUGCAGAGAAUAAAAAUUAUCCUCAUCCGUCGACUGUGAAUAGCCCACCUGCUAUGUAUUCAGUGGCACCAUUAAGCCAACAGAUGGAGUCCAAUAUUGCUAUAUGUAGUCCACAAUGCACCAUGAUACCGUCAGGACAAGUCCCUUUGAAUUCAUUACCUCAGUUGUAUUCACAAACCCAGUUUCAGCCAUUUUCCAACAGCACAUAUUCAGCACUUCCUCUGUUACUCCCAUAUCUACACUUUCCUGUUGUGCCGCAGAUAGGUCCGUUGCUGCCAUUGCAGUCACUUUCUAUAAUGUCUUCAUCACAUACAUUUGAGCUCACAAAUGAUAAAUUUGAAGCUUUCAGAAGAAAGAACAAUUUUGGCAGAUCUGAGUGCCAAUAUCUAAGUCCUGUUCACGGAGGGAUGCCUGGACCUUGCCGAAAUUUGAAUAUUCCACAUUCGCCUACCGGUAUUUGUUCUUCUGCAACUCCAAUACCAAGGGCUAAUCUGGACUACCUUAACAGAAAUCUGACACCAGAAAGGCCUGGAAAGAAAACAGAUCACGUUAGAACCAGUCCGGCUUUUCUUAGAUCGAACAAACAAAGUCCUUUACUGCCCCCCAUUUCUUCAUUCCGACAGAGGAGAAUACCAGACGUUAAUUAUAAUGAGAACAUUUUUUCGUUGCACAACUCUUCACCAUGGACAAAAAAUGUGGCUGUAAGUCAACUAGAUCAUCAGCAAACGAGAUUUCCUCACCAAUGCUCAACAUUUAACUCGAUUGUUUCUACGCAUAACCUUUCUAGAGACUCGUUACAGAAGGCUCGUACACCAACUGCUUCUGUUUCUCCAUUAGAUAUGACUGUACAAAGUAAAUGUAAUUCAGGUUUGCAAAACCUAAAUACUACAAAAUACAAAGAGGGCCAUCAAGAAAAACUCGAGGGCAAAAACUUGACACUUGAAAGGCAAACAGCGUCUGGUGACAAGCAGUUAGAGGGUUUUCACCAAGGUCAUGACCUCGUUCAGCAGUGUUCUGUUGCUAGGAGAGAUCGGUGUAGUUCAGGGAAAAUUCCUGUGGGGCAUGUGAAGCCUAUGUCUUUCAAUGAUACAAGUCACAAAGACAAUCAAACACACUAGUCAGAUAAAAACAGAGUUAGAAAAAGUGUAAGUGCAAUUAAUUUUCCAUUUUGAUUUGAAAGAUGCUGAAUGGAUGUAUAGUGAGAUGUGUGUGAUAUAUAUGUACGUUUGGUUUUUUGAAAUGACUAGUGAGCUGAAAGUAUCCUUUGUAUCUGGUUUAAUAGUUAACUGCCGUGAGAAUAAUAUGUUCAGAUGCCGUGAAAAUAAUAUGUUCAGAUGGCGUGAGAAUAAUAUGUUCUGAUGCCGUGAGAAUAAUAUGUUCAGAUUUAUUUUUACUGUGCAAAAAAAAAAAGGGGGGGGGGGGGGACAGAGAUGCAGAUUAAAAGCUUUUGUAUGGUUUUAGUUAAAAGUCACAUCUUGCGUAUAUGUAAUUGCAGUUUUGAUUUGAAAACGUUUAAAUGUGUAUGAUAUGACAUCUUCAUUUUGUAGUGGAUUAGUGUUUGAUUGGUUGACUAGUGUGUAGUAAUUGGAUCUGACUUUUUGUUACUAGUUUUCAAACGUUGGGUCAUGUUUUGAAUUGCACCCGUACAAACUAACCUGAUCAGGGGGUAUGGUCUCUUUUAGCUCACCUGAGCAGAAGGCCCGAGUGAACUUUUCAGAUCAAAUUUUGUUUGUCAUCUGGAGCCUGUUCUCCGUAACUUCUCACAUUUUCAACGCCUUCUCAAGAACGACUGGACCAAUUUCAAGCAAACUAACCACAAAGCAGCCAACCUUGAAGGGGGGGGGGGGAUUCAAGUUUAUCCUAAUGACGGGCCAUAUCCCAUUCCAGGAAAGAUGAUUAAGAAACGGUCAGUAUAAUAGGGUAGGGUGUUUGAAAAAUAUUUUUAUUCCAAAACUAAAAAAAAACCCAGAGAAGCAUUUAGUUUUGAGACAUUUUAUCUAAAUAUUGUUCAUACCAUGCUCUCCAGGGAUCCAAUGGAUGCCCAGUAGGGGUUCAAAGUUAGACUUGACUUAUGUGAAGGAAACUGAAAGUCUUCUGAAAAGCCAAAAAGUAAAAUUUUUGUCAAAUUCACAUACAAGCGUAAGAUUAAGGAAAUGAAUACUAAACAAAAUUUACAAUUAAAAGUUGAACAUUGUUUACAUAUAGGGGAAAAUCUUCUCGAUACACUCCCGACCACCAAGUGCCCAGGUGAGCCAUGUGUCUUUUGUUAGCUCUACUUUCAUUUUACCGUCGCUCCUGUCUUCAUGCAGAGAUGACGACAGUAAUGACCCGUGCAACAUUUCCUCUGACAUUGACACUAGUACUUACAGAUGUAUGAAUUCUGAACAACAGGGUCGGCAGCAGGUACAUGAACAAUUUGACAAUACUCGUAUACAUGGGUAAUCUGCUAACAAUUACCAAGUACUUAUAGAAAAAGGAAUAUUUUUUAAGCUAGAAGAAGAUAUUUGUCCAUGCUGUUCAUUUUUCCUGGGAGACAAUACACUACAUACACGUCCAGAUAAAUGUGAAAGUAGCAUUGCUUCAAAAGUUGGGUAUUGCAUUUACCACUGAUCAAAACUUAAAAGAUUUCUUUUGAGGACAUGCGUGUCGUUUCUGGCAUUUUCUCGAGAAAUAUUUUAAAUCUCAAUAUAAAGAGGUAGUUUAUAUUGUAGGCAUGUUGCCAUAUUUUUUUCCAUAUCGACCAGGGUAGCUCAGUGGUGAGAUCACCUAACUAAUAAUGCAAGGGUUCCGGGUUCAAUACCUUUGCAACAGUAAUGUCCAUUAUACAACUUGUUGUAAUACAUAAGAGUCGAGUUUACAUUUUUACUUGCAACAAGGAAUUAUCAAAAUAUGCUAACUAUAAAACAGACGUGGUCAUAUACCCCAAGAUUUUUUUUGUGUAGAGACAAGAAGAAUGCAUGUAAAUUGCAUGUGAAAUGUCUCAAAAACUUGGAUAUUAUUGAGAAAAGUCGCAUAUGUCCUUGGGGGAGGGUUUGCGCAAAGGGAAACCAUUGAACCUCAUAUAUUGUUCCCGGGAUAAAUUUCACAUCACUAUCGGAUAUCGUGAAUGCUGUAGAAGUACGUGUGAUUUUUCUACGUUUUGAUCAUUGCGUUUUCCAGAUAUUAUAUUUUUUGUAUGAUGUGCAUCAAAAGAAAACCAUAUACAAUAUGUACGCCGACAGAUGUCUUUUUUACUUUCGUAGUGUGGUUGUCACGCGUAUGUUGAACAAAAGCAUUUUCUUCCCCGCCAAUUGUCUCGAUAACAAAUCACUGAGUCUCGUGAAUGCUUCGUCAUAUCAUUGUACUGUGUUCCUAAUGUAUGGAAAAAGCUCUUUUUAUUUUUAAUGACAGUAUUUAUGAAUCUGGGUGCACACUGCAAUUGCGUUUCGUUUUUGAUGGUAGUUGUGGUAAUGGCUGUUGGUGCCAUGUGACCAGCAUACACUGUUUUUAUUUUACGUUUGUCUUUCAGCCCACCUAUACCCACCCCUGUAUGUUGUAGUGCGCCAGAUCCACCCCUGUAUGUUGUAGUGCGCCAGAUCCACCCCUGUAUGUUCUAGCGCGCCAGAUCCACCCCUGUAUGUUGUAGAGCGCCAGAUCCACCCCUGUAUGUUCUAGUGCGCCAGAUCCACCCCUGUACUGUUGCGCAUAGGCAUAACUGUUGCUGUAAUGUUAGUGCUGAAAGCCUGUUGUUUUUUUCUCAUCAGGAAUACACUAUAUUUGUUAAAAAGUUUUUUUUUUAGUUUGGCAGUGUUGACGGAAUAUUGAUAAGAUUAUUUUAAUGACACUGAAAUAAUUGGAGCUCUGUGGUAGAUUUGAAUGACUUCCAAGUUUUAAAAUGCAUAUUUUGUUUUGUAGAUGUGUGUAAAAUGUCUUUAUUUUUAUUUUUAAAAAACUUGCCUUUUGUAAAUCAAAUAUUAAUAAUUUGAUUGCAUUUUUUGGUUGACUUCUAUGUGAGAUACUACGGAUGUUGUAACAAGCCUACGUUUCCCCUCAUUUUGUUAGUACUGUCAUUCCAGAUGAAAUGUUUGUUUAGGGCAGCUCCUGGCUUGAGCAAGGAAGUAAAAACUCAUUGGCAAUUUAUUUAUGUGAAAUAUCCUUGUUGGAAUUAUUAAAAUUUUGUUUGAA